UGAUGGUGUCUGCGCUCUCUGUUUUAUUUUCAAUUUCUUAUUCUCUUUCGACCGAGUUCGCAAAGCCUAUACUGCUACUUUUCUUAUAUUCUUCUCUAGCUUCUCUCGUUUUCUCAGCAAUGGCGACGGCUACUUUGUUCCAGUCAUCUCAUGUCUCUCUCCCCUCUAUACCCACCCCUCUAAACCCUAGAAUCAAAACCCAUCUUUCACCCAUCUUUGCCUCCGCUUCACCCGACCUCACACCGUCCACUAACUCCCCACCUCCCCCGCCAGUCCUCAAGCACCGCCGCCCCGCCGAGCAGAAUAUCCGCGAAGAAGCACGCCUCCACCUCUCCUCCCGCAACCACGGCUUGUCCGCCAAGUACGUCCCCUUUAAUGCCGAUGCUUCCUCCACCGAGUCCUAUUCGCUCGACGAAAUCGUCUACCGAUCCCGCUCCGGCGGCCUCCUCGACGUCCGCCACGACAUGGAAGCGCUCAAGAGGUAUGACGCCGCCUACUGGAAGUCUCUCUUCGACUCGCGCGUCGGCAAGACCACCUGGCCUUACGGUUCCGGUGUUUGGUCUAAGAAAGAAUGGGUUCUUCCCGAGAUCGAUAGCGAUGACAUUGUCAGCGCUUUCGAGGGGAACUCCAAUCUUUUCUGGGCUGAGCGUUUUGGAAAACAGUUUCUGGGCAUGAACGAUUUGUGGGUAAAGCACUGCGGGAUUAGCCAUACGGGUAGUUUCAAGGAUCUGGGUAUGACUGUUUUGGUCAGUCAGGUGAAUCGGUUGAGGAAGAUGAAUCGCCCAGUCGUUGGUGUCGGUUGCGCUUCCACUGGCGACACCUCGGCUGCUCUUUCUGCUUAUUGUGCUGCCGCGGGCAUCCCGUCUAUUGUUUUCCUUCCGGCGAAUAGGAUAUCAAUUGCUCAGUUGGUUCAGCCGAUUGCGAAUGGGGCUUUUGUGUUGAGCCUUGAUACAGAUUUUGAUGGGUGUAUGCAGUUGAUUCGGGAAGUCACUGCGGAGUUGCCCAUAUAUCUGGCAAAUUCUUUGAAUAGUUUGAGAUUGGAAGGUCAGAAGACGGCUGCGGUCGAGAUUUUGCAGCAAUUCGACUGGGAAGUGCCUGAUUGGGUCAUUGUUCCUGGUGGGAACUUGGGGAAUAUCUAUGCGUUUUAUAAAGGGUUUCAUAUGUGCAAAGAAUUGGGACUUGUUGACCGGAUUCCUCGGCUUAUUUGUGCUCAGGCAGCAAAUGCUAAUCCGCUUUACCUUCACUAUAAGUCGGGGUGGGCGGACUUCAAAGCAGUGAAGGCUAACACAACUUUUGCAUCUGCAAUACAAAUUGGUGAUCCUGUUUCUAUUGACAGGGCUGUUUAUGCUCUAAAGAACUCAAAUGGGAUUGUUGAGGAGGCGACGGAGGAAGAAUUGAUGGAUGCAAUGGCUCAAGCAGAUUCCACAGGAAUGUUUAUUUGUCCUCAUACUGGUGUUGCAUUGACAGCUUUGAUUAAGCUGCGAAAUAGUGGAGUCAUAAAGCCUACGGAUCGAACAGUGGUGGUAAGCACUGCGCAUGGGUUGAAGUUUACGCAAUCCAAGAUUGAUUAUCAUUCCAAGGACAUUCCAGACUUGGCUUGCAGACUUGCUAAUCCACCAGUUAACGUGAAAGCUGAUUUUGGAUCGGUAAUGGAUGUUUUAAAAAAGUAUUUGUUAAGUAAAGAUCCAAAGCAUUAGUCAUUUUGUGAGCACUGUAUUUCUUGGUCAUGUACUCUGUGUUCCUCUUGUUUUAUUGUGCCUCUGAUGUUGGCUUUUAAUAUGCUUUGUUGUUGAAUGUCUCUUUAAAUGGCAGGAGCUAGUUAACAGCUUAGCUUUUGAUUGAGGAAACUUUAUGUAUGGCAGCAUUGCCAUUUUUGAGAAGUUUAGUAUCAAUUGAUCUGGUAAAGUUUUGGUUGUUCAA